AAGUUCAAAAUUUUAUAAGUGAAUACUUUUUAAGUGCGGGCUUUUGUAGCAUUUUAAUAAAAGGUUAUAUGAAAAAAGGUUUAACAGAAAGUGGGAUUCAAAUUUUUGAAAAACUAAAGACAACCUACAACGCCCAUCCCUCUCUCAACAACAAAGCUCGGCCCUGCACGACCACCUACAACUGUUUAAUUCAAGGACUCGUGCAAAAUGGGAAAUUUGACGCGGCGCUAAAGUACUACGCGGAACUGAAAGCCAGUAGUUUUCUCUCGCCAGACGCACUCACAGAAAGUCUUAUUCUCUUCGGCUACAUCCACCAUAGAAACUUGGAUGAAGCCUUAAAAUUUUAUGAAGGAAUAAAAAAUCCCAGCGAUUAUCAUCAUUGUUUGAUGAUCUCUAAUUGCGGUAGGUACCAAAAAAUAGACCUUUUAAGAAAACUUUCGUAUCGUCUUACCCUCGCUAAAGCGCUUAAUGAAAAAGUUAACACUCAAAUUUUAAUCGGCAUGUUUUUCUUAUGUAAUUCUUCCAUAAUUUUUUAA